GGGUCAAUGAAGUUGGCGUCAGAAAUAGCAGUCUCUCUCGCAAACACUCACCAGUGAAUUCGCGGUUACACGUUAGGUUAGUGAGUGGCUGUCGUCCCCAAACCCCCCCACUACCUUAAACGUUCCGAUCACAUCCCCUCAAAACAAAACCAUAUCCUUUUAAACCUUCAUUCAUUGUCUUUCUUAAAUAUUUUGUUCCUUGGAACGUACGAGAUGAGCAAGAGCGUAACAGCAACAAAGGACUCAGGCGACAACACCGCGACCCACUUGAAUUUUUUCGAGAAAUUUAAACGCUUUAACCCUCUCGAGUCUUCCUUGGGAGUACUAGCCUUCUUCUUCGUCGCUUCUCUCUUCAUUGCCAGCUUCUUCUACUUGGAUUACAAAGGCUUCCGCUCCAGGGGCACUGCCACUGUCCUUCACUUGGAUUUCUCAUCACCAUCUUCUUCUGCCCCAGUUCAGUUUCUGAGCCAAGACGGUGAUAAAUGUGAUGUCUUUGAUGGGAAAUGGGUUUGGGAUGAGACUUACCCCCUUUACCAUUCCGCAAAUUGUUCCUUCCCGGAUCAAGGUUUUCGCUGCUCCCAGAAUGGCAGGCCUGACACUUUCUACACCAAAUGGAGGUGGCAACCCAAAGAUUGCAACUUGCCCAGAUUUGAUGCAAGGAAGAUGUUGGAAAAGCUGCGGGACAAGCGACUAGUUUUUGUUGGAGAUUCGAUUGGUAGGAACCAAUGGGAAUCACUCAUUUGUAUGCUCUCUUCGGCAAUUGCAAAUAAGGCUAGGGUCUACGAGGUUAAUGGGAGCCAAAUUACAAGGCACAUGGGCUUCUUGGCAUUUAAGUUUGAAGAUUUCAACUGUACCAUUGAAUACUACAGAUCACGAUUUCUUGUAGUGCAGGGACGACCUCCUUUUGGAGCACCUGAUGGGGUAAGAAUGACUUUGAGAGUGGAUCAUAUGGACUGGAUUUCUAAUAAGUGGAGAGAUGCAGAUGUGCUGGUUCUCAAUGCUGGACAUUGGUGGAACUUUCAGAAGACUGUCAGAAUGGGUUGUUACUUCCAAAUAGGGGAGGAAGUGAAGAUGAAUAUGACAAUAGAAGACGCAUUCAGAAAAUCAAUAGAGACUGUAGUUGAUUGGAUUGCCAAUAAAGUAGACAUGAACAAAACUUAUGUCCUUUUUCGAACUUAUUCCCCUGUCCAUUUCAGGGGUGGUAACUGGAAUACUGGUGGUGGUUGUCACUUGGAAACAUUACCUGAUUUAGGCUCCUUGCCACCAGUAUCUGACAUCCAUUUCAGAAAUGUCGUUGAUAUCUUGUCAGAACGCAUGAAUAAAUCAGAAGUUUUGAAUCUGGACUUGCUUAAUGUCACGCAAAUGUCAAUACAUAGAAGAGAUGGCCAUCCAUCUAUUUACUAUCUUGGACCAGGCAGGACAUCCUCUAUGUGGCGGCAAGACUGUAGUCAUUGGUGCCUACCUGGCGUUCCUGAUUCAUGGAACGAAAUUCUUUAUGCACUUCUUCUCAAGCGGGAGGAUUUUUUCGAACGGAGACAGCAUACAACAAAAGUUUCUCAAGUUCCACUAUAAUUGGUCAAUAUACAGUUUGCAGAGAAUGUUAUAAGUUAUACAAAUCUGUGACAAAUCUUGCUGAAUGAGGUGAAGCUGCAAGUUGAAUGAGGAGAAUAGAAAAUUACAUGACUUUUAGUCUCGUGAAAAGAAGAAAAGGGAGACCAAAAAAGAUGGAGGAAAUCAUCAAGGGAGAUUUUAGGCUAAAUAAUAUAUCUGAAACUUUGGUAUUAAACUAUAUGAAAUGACAUUGUAUGAUCCAUGAAAUCGAUCUCACCUAAUGGGAUAAGACUUUGUUGUUGUAUCUGGUCAGUCUCACUAGUUGAUGCAUCUAAUUCUUUGUUAGUUUUCUUUAUGUUAUAGGAUUUUAUUCUUAGCAACCAAAGAAAUUAAGUUGUCUUAAUUUCCUAAGAAAUGAUUGUUUGACCUUUGUAGAAUUGUAGUGGCCUGCCGUUGUAGGUGAACAUAUCUAGAUGGGAACUUAGUUUUGGAUGGUGAGUUUCAGGGAUAUCUUGUACAAAAAAGAAAAAAAUAACCAGAGAUCCAAACUUGAUUAGUUAGUCUCAGAAGGAAUACAACAUUUUUUUUUUGUUGU